UCUUUCAGUGUCUAUUGAGGGCUGGCGGCGGCGAUGGCCACCCGUAGAGCCAAGAAGCGAAAAUGGCCCGAGGCCGAGUUGGACGCCGGCGUCACACCGCCGGCGAGCGAGAAGACCGAAGCCGGAGAAAGCCCUGACCAGAUCAGCAACCUCCACCCCGACGUUCUCCGCCGCAUCGUGUCGCUCCUCCCUACCAAGGACGGCGCCCGCACGCAGUCGCUGUCCACCCGGUGGCGCGGCCACUUCCGCUCCGCCCCGCUCAACCUCGGCGUGGAGCUCCGCCGCGAAGACGAGCCCGCCCCCUCCAGCCUCGUCUCGCGCAUCCUCGCCGACCACCAGGCGCCUUGCCGCCGGCUCUCCCUUACCUGGUACGGCUACAAAUCUGAGUUCGUCUCCACAUUAUUGAGCCGCUGGCUCCAGUCGCCAGCCCUCAAUGGCCUCUCCGAGUUGGAUCUGUGGCAAAAGCGAAAGAGACGUGACGAGGAACGUCGGGAACUGCCCAGGGAGGAGGACCCGUAUGCCCUGCCGCUGUCCGUGCUCCGAUUUUCGCCCACCCUGCGCAUCCUCAGCAUCAAGUGCACCGGCUGCAUGAUCCAUUUCCCCUCUGUCGGUGAUCUACAUCUCCCCAUCCUCAAGCAGCUCACCCUUAAAGGUGUCGUCGUCUCGGAGGGCGUCCUCCAUGACGUUCUUGCUGGAUGCUCUGUGCUGGAGAGCUUGGUGCUUAGCGAAUUGGAUGGUGUUCGUGCCGUUCGGAUCAACUCUUCCACCCUUAGGAGCCUAGGUGUGUCGUCUGGUUGGAGAGAUGAACCUGAGGAAGUAUUGCAACAAGUGAUUGUUGAGGAUGCCCCUCUCCUAGAGAAGUUAUUCCUAUCUGGAUUGGAUGACCACUUAUCAAUCCAUGUGCUUUGCGCGCCCAAACUGGAUUUCUUGGGUUCUCUGCCAGAAGGGUUCUCUAAAGCCAAGCUCGAAACCACAUUUGUUCAGAGAACUGUUGUUGCCAGUUUGAUGAGUGUGGUGCCAACAGUUAAAGUUUUGGUUUUGCGCAUGUCACCUCCCAGUGUUGAUGAUGCCAUUGACUUUGUGAAAUUCUUUCCUUGCUUGGAGAAGUUAUAUGUCUUGUUAUACCGGGACAGGGCAUCAAAAAGAGCACGUCAUCAUUUUCCACUUGGUUAUAUUGAAUGUUUGGAGCUCCAUCUCAAAAAAGUAAUGCUGAUAAAUUAUCACGGAACACCGAGAGAUGUUGAUUUUGCAAGGUUCUUUCUUUUGAAUGCCAAAGUGCUAGAACAUAUGGAGUUUGCAUCACGCAUUUCAGGAAACCGGAAGAAAUACAUUUCUGAAUGGAUAGCUGCUCAACCCAGAAAGCUACAGCUGGAUAACAGGGCUUCUGAAGGUGCUCAGUUCAAUUUUAUCCCUGAUUCUGACUACUGUGAUGGUAUACAUAUUGGGCACAUCCAUGAUCUUACUACUAGUGACCCCUUUGAUAGAUCAUUAUGUCGAUGUGAUAGCAUCAAUUUCCUUUGAGAUACUUGCCUAACUUAUUUCAUGUUUUGGGGAGAAUUUAGAUCAGAUCUGUAAUAUGUGACGUUUACUUUUGUUGGAACAUCUGUGUUUCAUUGCCCAUUAAUGUUGCUAAAUCACAUGCAGACUUCUACAAUUUUCA